AUGACAACUAGCAGCAGCAGCAAUAAUAGCAGCACUGGUAGAUCCUCUUUACUCUCUUCCAAGCGACGCUUGAGUAGUUUAGACGACCAUCAACUCCAACACCACCACCACCACCACGAGCAGGCACCCAAACGCACUCCAACACCUGAUCCACAGAAUUCCCUUGGGAGUUUCCCUGGGAUGGAUCUCGCCACUUUUCUCUGGCAAACUCCAUUUCUCUUUCAUUACUCUUUCAACGAUGCUGCCAAACGUACUCUCAUCAAGAAAUGCUACACGACCCUUUGGAAGAACCAGGAUGCUCUCAUGGAACAGUACUUUUUCAAAGAUCGCGUUGCGUUCCACGAUGCGAUCGAUCGCCUUAUGUUACACCGACAUUCUCGUACGCACAAUCAGGAUGGCAUGGAGCGAAUGGAUAUGCAAAGUGCUGGUGGUCUCGAUGGCGAUGCUGCAACAACAGCCACAACAACACAGCAACGACCUUUACAACGGUGUGGCCGCGUGUUCCGAAAAGGAGAACCGGUAUAUCGAUGUAGGGAUUGUCGAUUGGAUGAUUCCUGUGUGCUUUGUUCAAAAUGUUUUCAUGCAAGCAACCACGAGAACCAUAAUGUAUUGGUAGCCAUCAGCCCGGGAUCAGGUGGUUGUUGUGAUUGUGGAGAUCCAGAGGCAUGGAAAACAGCAUUGGAAUGCAGCGUCCAUGGUACUACACCUGCCAACAACAACGACAACAACAAUAAUACAUCAUCAUCAUCAUCACCCACGCUACCACGCUCUGUUAUUAAGCACAUACGACAAACGAUUAUCACUGUGAUGGAUUUCAUCCUGGUGACAUUUGCACUUGCUUCGGAGGAGAUCUCAAUCCCCGCUUCCAAUGCCGACAUUGUUCAAGCCAACCAAAACGAAUGUGCCAUUUUUCGUCGCAUGGGAGUGCCAGCACGCCGUCCACUUUACAAAUCAAAACAACGAAGACCGGAAGGCGAUGUGGAUAUGGAUAAGGAGAAUCAUGGCAUCGAUGAUGAUCAACUCUAUGUAUUGGUAGCUUGGAACGAUGAGACGCAUUCAUUCAAGGACGCUUGUGAUGCCGUGGAGGGAGCGAUUGGAUGUCAUGUUCAUCAAGCAAGAACCAUUGUCGAAACGAUUCACACACAAGGAAGAGAGAUCAUUGGCACUUCGACCAAUCUUGAUGAAUUGAGAACCAUGGCAGCACCUUUUACAGCCAUUGGAUUGGGGGUCACCAUUCGACCUGCACGUGAUGUCAUCCGAGAACAGGUCACCACCGUACUUGUUGACUGGCUUAGAGAGUUGGCGGCAGCGACACAUCAUCAUCAUCAAGGUUCGAGUUCUCAGAUAAGAUCUAUCAUUUGUGAGGAAUUAUGUGCCAAUUGGAAACUACCCAAGCAAAUCGCCAUCAUGACAGGUGGAACACCUUCGUUUCGAAUGGUAUCAGAGGAAGAAGAAGAAGACGAGGAGGAAGAGCAUCUUGAGUAUCAUGAUGAUCAACAGCCACAACAACAACAACGUGACGAUCCAUUGGAUGAGGAGGAGGAAGUGAAUGAAGAAGAUGAAGAAACCAUGAUGAUGGGAUUUGAGACAACAGCUACUACUACCAUGGAUGAGGAAGAUGUUGAUAUGGAUGCACCUGAUCAAGAGGAAGAUGAGGAACAACGUAUUCCAUCCGAUGUUGUGGUGCCUAUGCUUGUGGAAACCGAUAGCAAGAUUCUUUAUCAGACUGAAAAGGACAUUGCAAGCAUUGAUUGGAAUCCUGCAUGGCUGGUCAAGGAUCAUCGUCAUUUUCAAGUGGAGGAACAAUCAUUUUCAGCACCCUUGGGAUUACCGGCACGUCAAGAUAUUCGAGAUAUGAAUGAGACUCGACGAUUAGCAUUUGCAGUGCAGCGUGAAUUUGAACAAAAGCAGCGUCUUGACUACUUUUUGCUUUAUGAUCAACGCGUGUGGAAGGAAUUACGAGUAUCAUUGCGAGAAUUCUAUAUCCUUACUUUGGGAUCUCAUCCAGUGUACAAGAAACGUUUUGGCAAGCGAUUGGUACGCAACUAUGCACGUCUUGUAGAGGCUUUUCUUUUCCGAGAUCGAGAGCCUGAAAACGCCAUUAUCUUGUUUUCGGUACAGCUAUUGACGGUGCCUUCCGUAUGCAGUUUACUUGUGAACGAAUAUUACUUUUUCGGCUUGAUUUGCAACACAUUAUCAGUAUUCUUCAUGACGGAGGAGAUAUGCUAUGUACCUAUCAGCAAACAACAGGAUCAGCCUCGUCGAUUGAGCUGCGAAUCACGUGCAUUCCGUACAAGACGUUAUUUUAAUGCUUUCCAUGAUCUACGCUACAUCCUUCAUGUGGAGUUACUCAAGCCUGUGAUUGCUCAUGAUGCCGUCUACCUACGCGAGUUUCUCGAGUUGAUUUCAUUAUUCCAAGCUAUGAAUCCACAAACAUGUCAAAAGGAUACGCAUGUCGAAUAUGAAUCGGAGGUGUGGGUGAAUGCUUUCAAUGUCACUCUUCAAAUUGCAAAGUGCUGUCGUUCAUUUUCGGAUUGCUACCAUGCCUUGUUUACAGCUACACAACCUGAUCGUGUUCAUACAGCCCAAAUCCUUGUACGUGCUGUGGCUCGUGUACUCAAAGCGAUCGAUGAUUGGGGCGCAGAACCUAUUGACAAGACGCGUUUGCCGCUACCGCAAGUGCCAGCCACGAAGGAAUAUCGUCAGCAUAAAGUCAACUUGCCCUAUGUUGGUGAUAUCGAUGUUAUUCAAUAUGAUAUUACUUCUGAUCCAGUGUCGUUCCAUCAUCCAUUGCAUUGGCUUUUGGCAGGCAUUCUUGAGUCCGCGACAUGGUUGGAUACAGCAUUGGUUGCUGAAGCUGGUUGGAAUGAAGGCUUUUUCAAUGCCAUCAAGAUGUUUGCUGCACAAGAUGACGAUUUAUUACCUCGUGUAUUGGACUUUCCUAUACGUACAUUGGCAUUCUCAUCACAAAUCAGAGCUGGUGUAUGGGUGAGAAAUGGAUACAAUAUCCGAAAUCAGGUGCAUCAUUAUCGUGACAUUUCAUUACGUGAGACGACGUACGACAGUGAUAUUUUCCUGCUUCAGUUUGCAUUCGUAUCCAUGAACCCCAGCAAAGUACUAGCGACGUUGAUGGAUCGAUUUGAUCUUUUGGAUUGGUUCUCCGGCGAGACGACACAUAAGCAAUACGACAAUUCGCAAGUGAUUUUCAUGGUGGAAGAGAUCCUUUACUUGUUGAUUGUGUGCAUAUCAGAGCGCGGCAAUCCUACCCAUGCCUCAUUACAACAAAAGAUUCGGCGUGAAAUCAUUCAUCACUUAUGCUUGGGGUCAUCGGUGUAUUCUGAAUUGACCAAGCGUAUCCCCGAACGAUUAUCCGAGCAAGCUGAAUUCGAUCAACUCUUGAACGAGGUGGCCAAUUUCAAACCACCUACAAGUUUGAAUGAUUCAGGUCGCUACGAGCUGAAGGACGAAUACUUUGAUGCCAUUGAUCCAUACUUUUGGCAUUACAGUCGCAAUAAUCGAGGCGAAGCUGAACUUGUGCUAAAGGAACGGUGGAAAAAGGCCAAUGCGGAUAAGGAUGAAGCCAUGUUCUUUGUACGUCCUAAGCCAUUAGAACCAAUCGCUGGCCCAUUCCAAGGCUUGUAUCAACUCCUCGAGACACCUGUGCUUGUGCAAAUGGCCACUUUUACGCUUGCCAAUGUACGACAAAUGGAUGAGGCCCACAAGAGCGACACCGUCAUUGAUGAAGUGCUCUAUCUAUUGCUGUUGGCCGUUUCGAGUCCCACAUUUUGCAAUUAUGCCACCGAGCUCACCUAUGGCUCAUCAACGCUUUUUGAUAUGUUGAUGCAAUAUCGCACGGAUGAACAAGCUAAGGAGACACAUGCACGAUUGGAUUGGAUCUUUGAACAAAUGAUGACGCAUGGUUCUGAUACUACACGACAACGUAUGCAGGCGUAUCAAGCAAUGAAAAAGCAAUCCACACCCGGUGGCAAUGACGAGGAACACGACAUGUCCGAACAAGAGCGAAAGAAAAAGGCUGCACGUGAGCGACAAAAGAGGAUCAUGGAAAUCUUUGCGCAAGCUCAAUUAUCGUUUAUGGAACAAAAUGAGGAUUUAUAUGAGGAGGAAGAGGAGGAAGCAGCAGCAGCAGCAGCAAUGGAAGGAGCGGGUGAAGAAGAAGUUGCCAUGGACAACCAACAAGUAUGCGAGUAUCCAACAGGCACUUGUAUUGUAUGUCAAGAAGAUGUCAAUGAGCGAUCCUUACCUUAUGGCAUGCUUGGAUUGGUACAAGUAUCCAACAUCCUGCGGGAGGCUGAUAUGAGCAACCGGGCGAUGUUUGACGAGAUGGAUCGAAUGGGACCCAAUUUGGAUUGUACGUGGCCAAUGCAUCAAAUAUCCGAUCAAUGUGGAAGUUUCCCUGCUGUGCAAGAUAAAUCCGGCCUGUGUGCGACGACAUGUGGUCACUUGAUGCACAUCAAAUGUUUUGAAACGUACAAUGCAUCCAUUGAUCCACGCCAUGCAGCUCAAUUGACACGCAACCAUCCUGAAAAUCGUUUACGCAAGGAAUUCACAUGCCCACUCUGCAAGUCAUUGGGCAACAUGCUAUUGCCAAUCAUUUGGAAGGGGAAGAUUGAAACGUAUCCUGGUGUCCUUUCGAAUGCUGAUGAAGAUGCUUACAGCCGCUUUCUUCAAACGGAGCUUCAUAUGGCUGCUGAGCGAUUACAAACUGCUAUUGAUCCAAGUCGACCUAUCGGGUUUGGUGUAUGGAGUGCAGGUGCGGAUAUGCUCUUUGCUCCUCGACUACCCUCUCUCAAAGGCAUGCAAGUCGAUACGGCAAGUGGCACGAGUAGUGGCGGUGAUAAGAUCCCUGGUUUGUCUACCUUGUUGGGAGUAGAGCAGCAACAUCAACGACGUAAUCGCCUUGGUCCUACUGAGAUGCUAUUCAAAUCGGCUGUUGGUGUGAUCCCGGCAAUUCAAUCAGCCUAUGUACGAUUGCAAGAAGUGUUUUCAGUCAUUCUUGGAUCUUGUAGUCCUGAAACGGCGAGAAGUCUUUCAGCCAGCGUCAACAAUGUGGAUACUUUGUGGGGCAUGUUAGGCUUUACCAUUGCUGCCAUGGAAAUUGCGGCACGUGGCAAUGACAGCAAUGGCCACGUGGUCUUUACCCAGAUCCCUAUGCAGGCACAAACCUUGUUGCGCAUCCUUUGUGACACGAGCAUGUCCUACACAGGCCUUAUGUGCAGCAAUGAGCAAGAGGAAUUGUUGAGCAGUUCACGACUCUUUAGUACUGGUACGGAUGAUGCUGGUGGUGCCGCUGGUGGUGAUGCUACUGGUACAGGUACAGGUACAGGUGGUGGUGGUGGUGUUGCAAGCGGACCUGGACCCGAUAGCCGUUCCAUGGUGCAAGUACACAUGCUGGCUAUGCAGCGACUAUUGCAAAUCUUUGCAUCGGAUACAAUCACCACAAGUCGACAAGCUUCUGAGGUGCCACCUGAUACUCGACUUUACAAUAAUUUCCCCUUGUUGAUGGAUGAUCCUUUUAUGGUAUUGACUGAACUAUCGGUGCAUCUUGUUCAUGUUGCCAAAACAGACUUCCAUCCCUUUGUGCGUAUCUUAUUGCUAGCCGAGCUUACAAAGACCACUGUUGGAUUACUACAACAACCAUCACCGGCGCUGGAUGAAUCGUCUGAUGACGCUAUGGUGGAUGAUGAUGAACAAGACAACAAUGAUCAAGAAGCAGCAAAGGAAUUAUUGGCCCUGGUGGCGAAUGCAAUGGGCAUCAACAUGGAUACGCAUUCACAAAGACAUCGUUUAUGUCGAAUGCUCAAAAUGUUUACGCUACCUUAUUUGAGACGCACCAUUAUCUUGCUGAUAACCCGAUUUGGACUUUUGUUGGAUUCAUCACAACAACAACAACAACAACCACAAUCUUCAGACAAUGAAUUCGAUCGAUUACUUGGCAUAUUGCGACUACCAAAACUAGCCACAUUGAUUCGACAUCCUGAUACAGAACAACUGGUACGUGGAUGGUGCAGUCAACUUGUCAAGGAAAAUGAGAGGCGUAGCAGCAUGCAAGAGGAUGAUGAUAUUGUAUCCCAAGACAACAACAUGGGCAUUGACAAUAAUGUGCGUGUGAUUCUCGAUCUUCCUACGCCAUUCCAGCUUAUCAGUUUACCAUCACGACUUGAUGUGCUUAUGGAUGAAAGCACACGUAAAACAUGUCCUCGUUGUGAAACGGUGCCUACUGAUCCUGCCGUAUGCUUAUUAUGUGGUGCAUUUGUAUGUUCUCAAUCAUUCUGUUGCUCUGAAGGAGAGGAAGGCGAAUGUAAUUUACAUAUGCUUGAGUGCGGUGGUGAGAUUGGUAUUUACCUUUUGAUCAAGCGAUGUUCGUUGCUCGUGUUACACAAUGAAAAUGGAUGGUUUAUGCAGCCACCUUACCUGGAUGCUCAUGGCGAGAUUGAUCAAGGACUACGACGAGGACGGCCCCAUUACCUUAAUACUCAGCGUUAUGCAGAUACCCGACGAUUAUGGCUACAACAUGGCAUCCCUGCUUACGUUGCUCGCCAAAUUGAAGCAACCUAUGAUGUCGGUGGAUGGACAACCUUGUAG